AUGUCCUUCCUCGCACUCCCCCGCCGCGUCCUUAGCGGUAUGAAUAACACCUUCUCGGUGGCGCGUGCAUACUCGACCAAAGCACCCCCUACCUCGGCCUCCCUCCCCGCCUCCAAGCAGAAGCUAAUUCCCACCUCUGGCACCUACCCCAAAGGGUUCCUCGUCUCUGGCAUCUCCUCUGCCGUCAAGAAGUCUGGCGCCAAGGAUCUGGCCCUGAUCACCUCCCCCGACUGGCCCUGCUCUGCAGCAGCCGUUUUUACCAAGAACGUCUUCCAGGCCGCGCCCGUUGUUGCCUCUCGCACCCGGUUACAGGAUAAUGGCGGAAAGGGGAUCCAUGGAAUGGUGACCAACUCUGGAUGUGCCAAUGCUGUCACGGGAGCGCAGGGACUCGAGAACGCCAAGGAGAUGCUGGAGGCCUUGGAUGACUUGACGGGACACCAACGUAGUUCGCUUGUCAUGUCGACCGGUGUGAUUGGACAGCACUUGAAGAUGGAUAAGAUCUUGAAGGGGAUUCAGGAUUCGAAGCAGGCUUUGGGAGGAGACCAUAAGCAUUGGAUGGACUGUGCUGAGGCAUAUAUGACGACGGACACGUUCCCCAAGUUGAGGAGCAAGACCUUCCAGUUGCCUGUUUCGGGAGUUGAGUACCGUAUGGCUGGUAUUACCAAGGGCGCCGGAAUGAUCCACCCCAACAUGGCGACGCUUUUGGGUACUAUUGUUACCGAUCUGGGAGUUGCGCCCGGUCUGUUGCAGUAUGCUUUGACUCAUGCGGUUGAUCGGUCGUUCAAUGCGAUCAGUGUUGAUGGAGAUAUGAGUACCAACGAUACUGUGGCGCUUUUGGCCAACGGUGGUGCUUCCGGCGGAAAGAUUGUGGUCGAGGAUGUGACCAGUAAGGACUUUGAGGCCUUCCGGGAAAACUUGACCGAGUUUGCGCAGGAUCUUUCUCAGUUAGUUGUUCGUGAUGGCGAGGGAGCUACCAAGUUUGUCAAGGUUUCCGUUGAGGGAGCACCAUCGUUCGAGGCUGCAAAGACAGUAGCCUCGACCAUCGCAACAUCCUCCCUCGUCAAGACCGCCCUCUACGGCCAAGACGCAAACUGGGGCCGCAUCCUCUGCGCCGUCGGAUACUCGGGCGUCUCCGAGAUCGACCCCAAGAAGGUCUCUGUCUCCUUUAUCCCUCAGGACAAGUCGGAGCCCUUGAAGUUGCUGGUCAAUGGCGAGCCUGAGCAGGUGGAUGAGGCUAGAGCGAGCGAGAUCUUGAAGAUGGAGGAUUUGGAGAUUCUGGUGGAGUUGAAUUUGGGAGAGGAGAAGACUGCCUACUGGACUUGUGACCUUUCGCACGAGUACAUCUCUAUCAACGCUGACUACCGGUCAUAA